AUGACUGCAUUCUCUCUCUUCCACCAACCCUCAUUCGGAGAGAAAGUCCAGGGAAUCAAGAAUGCACUUCACCUCAAGGCGCUGUUGGCGUCAAUGUUCUCCUUCUCGGCUCGUUUCGCUACAGCUCCCGGCGCAGAGUCUUCGCCAACGUUGGAAGCCUAUAACGGGCCGAGUCACGAGCAACUACACAAAUCGGCAAUGGGUUUCGUCAACGAGGCGAUCGAAGAAUACGACGACAAGCCCCCGCCACUCUGCAUCCUCCAGGCUCUCAUAUUGUGCACCUUCUAUGAGCUCACAAGAGGCGUCCGCGGUCGCGCAUGGCGAAUGCUUGGCAACUGCGUCAGAAUCGCUUACGAGCAGCGCCUCCACCUCGUCGACAGUAUCACACAGGCCAGACCUCAGCCAGGACCGUCUGGCGUGGCUCAAUGGUCGGCAAUGGAAGAGCGGCGCCGCAGCUGGUGGGCCAUAUGGCAGAUGGACAUAUUCGCCUCUACUGUGCACAGGUUGCCCACCGCGAUUGACCACAGCGUAGGCAUGAACGAGAAUCACCUCCCGGUGCCAGACGUGAUGUGGUUUCAAAACAUGUACCAACCGAGCUGUCCGCUCGACCCUGCUCCGUUGGAACGGGCGAAGAAGCUGAGCAAGUCUGGGAACACCAGCGAUGUCGCGUGGUUCAUUGUUCUCAACUCAAUUAUGCGCAAUGCUCAGGUUCUCGCUCGCGGCAAUCUACACAGCGUUCUUUCGGACCUGAGUCCUGCACCGGGAGCGGACUCUCGGCCUCUCAAACAAUAUCUUCACGGAUCAUUCCGCAAAAGGCAGUCGGCAGAAGAUGCGCAACAGCUACCCGUUCUCAUCGGAGCUCUCAAGCAGACUGUCGCGCUACUACCAAGAUCACUCACAUACCAAGGAGCUCAAUUAGACUUCAAGUCCACAGGCUCCUCGUCAAAUAGCGAUUGCACUCAGCUGCCAUCCGAGAGACGCUCGAAUGCGUCACAGCACGCAAUCUACCUCAUGAUCCAGCUAGCACGAUUCAUGAUCUACCACCAUUUCGCAUUCAACGAAAUCUUGCUAGGCACAAUUUUCUCAGAAACAGACAGCCCUCCUUCAUUUGGGUGGACAUCCUCAUCCAAGGAUGAAAAGGAGAGGCUGUCCAACUCAGAAGGCCUCCGGAACUGUCUCGAGGCAUCAGACGACAUCCAUUCUAUCGUCAGCCGCUCUUCAGAAACACACAUACAAUGGACGAACCCAUUCCUGGCGAGCACAGUAUGGCUCGCCGCCUCAUUACAGGUCCUCCGCAAGGUGUUUGCACCGUCGACGUGUAACGAGGCGUCAGAGAUGAAGAUCAAGGAACUCCGUGCGGUAUGUCAGAAAUACACUGACUUUUGGGGAACGCCACAGAGUCUCUUACAAAAUCUCGAUUCGCUGGAGGAACGGCUGGCACAGAAAAAGGCAGAAAUUGCGGCGAUUGAAGCGACUCACAUGCUAGGCUGCGCAUCAUAUCAACACGCUGGACAUCAUACUUCCGUAUUCAACGGAACGAGUUCACUGCAGAACUUUGGUCUCAUGAUGGGGUCUGAGCUAGACCACAACUCCUUGUUCACGUCUGUGAUACCAGGACACCCAGGGCAAGACGUGCCCACCCCCAUCUCGCCACGUAACACUUCAACUGCUCAGGGCAACUGGUUUGUUGACGGGCAGCAUGAUGGCGUGGAGGGCACUGCUGAUGAGUUAGGGAUACCGGGUCUCAAUGCUUCUGAUGAGUUUGCCGGAUUCCCGGAGGGUGACCCGGAGCUGAGCUUCUUCAUGUCUACCUUACUGUAA